AUGCUGCGUCUAGUGGUACCCUCAACGAUGAUUCAAGAGGUACUGCAGAACUGUCACGACUCGUUAGAAGGAGGCCAUCAAGGGAUCGCUCGGACUUUCUACAGAGUGAAGUUGGAUUAUUACUGGAUCGGUCUAUACGCGGACGUAGCGAGGCACGUGCGGUCCCGUCCCGAUUGUAGCUCAAGCAAAAGUCGACCAACGAUCUGCGGAUACUCCCCGGGGAACAUACUAGCGGAACGACCGUUUCAGGUUGUUUCGAUGGAUUUUGUAAUACCCUUACCGAAGUCUCGGCGGGGUAACACAGCGCUCUUACUAUUCCAAUGCGCAUUCACGGGACACGACUGCUCUGAGAGUAGCCCAAGCUGUCGAAGAGAAGAGUGCGUAUACCGGAGGUUCGGUGCACCUUCCCUCAUCAGGCAUGACAGGGACCCUCGAUUCAUGAGCGAGGUGUUCCAGUCGUUCACCGAAAUGAUGCAAUCAAGGUCUAGGGCAACGCUGAGCUACCGGCCUCAAGCCAAUGGUUAG